AUGUAUGCAAAGUGCAGAAGCCUGCCUGAUGCUUGUCAGGUAUUUCAAGAGAUCAAGAAUAAAAAUGUAGUUAUUUGGACAGCCAUGAUUGCAACUUACCAGCAACAUGGUCGUGCGAAUCGUGUCGUUGAACUAUUUGAUGAAAUGCUGGGAGAGGGUGUAAAACCUGAUCACAUCACAUUUGUUUGCGUUAUUUCAGCUUGUGGCCAUACAGGGCAUGUUGAAAGGAGAUAUGAUUACUUCAAUUCCAUGAAAAAGGCGCACGGUAUCAGCCCUGGGAUUGAAAACCAUGCUUGCAUGGUUGACCUACUUGGUCGUGCUGGUCGUCUGGACGAAGCUAAGAAGUUUGUUGAAUCAAUGCCACUCAAACCCGACUCAACAGUUUUGGGAGCUUUGGUUGAGGCUUGUGCACAUUAUGGCAAUCUUGACAUAGGCAGAGAAGUUGCAGAGAGGCUUUUUGAGAUGGGACCAGAUCGUGCAGGAAACCAUGUUAUGCUUUCUAACACUCAUGCACGUAAUGGAAUGUUAAGAGACGCUGAUAAAAUUAGAAGAUUGAUGGGGAUCAAAGGGGUCAAAAAGGAUGCUGCAUGUAGUUGGGUUGAUGUCAAGAACUCAACCUUUGUGUUUACAGGCAAUGAAAGAUCACAUCCAAGGACAGAUGAGAUUUAUGAAAUGCUGAGAAAGUUGGACGACUUGGGUUAUGAAGUUUGA